AUGUCCUCUACGGAUCCCAAUGUGCAACGGGAUCAGGCAAUGUUGGAAACAAAACCACUUGGGGAAAUGGAUGAUUCGCAGGGCGAUGAGCAGACCUUCGUAUCACGUUGCAUCGAGGCACAAUCAUUCGCUGAAUAUCUGACCGAAACUGAUACCGAUGCUGAGAACACCUCGCUUCCGCAUACGAGGCGCUGGACCAAUUUCCUCCUGCAUCUCUACGAGACUCUAAUUCAUCGAGAAGACCCUUCUACAAAGAGUCGCGAAGGACGCCGCCUUCUUGCCAGGAGUUGGAGCCAAAAAAGCAGCCGCCAGUCAUGGAAACCAGUGGAACCACCUCAGCUUGAAACGGAACUGUACGAGCGAGGAGAGGGUGCCUUCUGCGUAGGAGCUGUGGGUGCCGGUCGAGGUCCCGGUCAUACAUUAGAUUCAGGACCGAGCCCUUUGUGGAUGGGCCUGCUGAGGACGCGUGAGAUGGAGCUAGAAAGAUAA